AAGUGCGAGGACGCGGGCGGAGCCGAUCGGUCUAGGAAGCCGCGGCCGCGGGGUCACCGAGCCGGGAGCAGCUGCCCAGCCGGACCUCAGCGACUAAGGCUCGGGCGUCGACAAGAUGCCUCUGUUCACCGCCAACCCCUUCGAGCAAGACGUGGAAAAAGCCACAAAUGAGUACAACACUACGGAAGAUUGGAGCCUUAUUAUGGACAUAUGUGACAAAGUUGGAAGCACUCCUAAUGGAGCAAAAGAUUGCCUAAAAGCCAUAAUGAAACGGGUAAAUCAUAAGGUUCCUCAUGUUGCUCUGCAAGCAUUGACUCUUCUUGGGGCUUGUGUGGCAAACUGUGGAAAGAUAUUUCAUUUAGAAGUAUGUUCCCGUGAUUUUGCAACAGAAGUACGUGCUGUGAUAAAAAAUAAGGCUCAUCCUAAAGUAUGUGAAAAACUGAAAUCUUUAAUGGUGGAGUGGUCAGAAGAAUUUCAGAAGGAUCCUCAGUUUAGUCUGAUAUCUGCAACUAUUAAGUCUAUGAAAGAAGAAGGAGUUGCUUUUCCUCCAGCAGGUUCUCAGACUGUCUCAGUGGCUGCCAAGAAUGGUUUGUCAUCAAACAAAAACAAAGAAGAUGAAGACAUAGCUAAAGCUAUUGAAUUAUCGUUGCAAGAGCAGAAGCAGCAGCACACAGAAACAAAAUCCUUAUAUCCAUCUGCAGAAAUUCAAUUAAAUAAUAAAGUUGCAAGGAAAGUGAGAGCUUUGUAUGACUUUGAAGCCGUUGAGGACAAUGAACUCACCUUUAAACAUGGUGAAAUUAUUGUUGUUUUGGAUGACAGUGAUGCCAAUUGGUGGAAAGGAGAAAAUCACAGAGGAAUAGGACUCUUCCCGUCUAAUUUUGUAACCACUAAUUUAAACAUGGAGUCUGAAGCAGCACCUGUGGACAAACUGAAUGUAAUUGAUGAAGAGGAGGAGGAAGUUAAGAAAUCAGAGCCUGAACCUGUUUAUAUAGAUGAGGAUAAGAUGGAUAGAGCCCUGCAGGUACUCCAGAGUAUAGAUCCAACCGAUUCAAAACCAGACUCCCAAGACCUCUUGGACUUAGAAGAUAUCUGCCAGCAGAUGAGUCCAAUGAUAGAUGAAAAACUUGAAGAGAUUGAUAGGAAGCAUUCAGAAUUGUCUGAAUUGAAUGUAAAAGUCUUGGAAGCUUUGGAACUAUAUAACAAGUUAGUGAAUGAAGCACCAGUAUAUUCGGUCUACUCCAAGCUCCAUCCUGCAGCACGUUACCCACCUGCGUCAGCUGGGAUUCCAAUGCAGACAUACCCAAUUCAGUCGCACGGUGGAAAUUACAUUCACCAAGUCACUGGUGCCCAAAGCUACAGCCUCAGGCCAGAUCAGAUCGGGCCACUGACGUCUCUGCCUCCAAAUGUGAAUUCCUCAGUGACAACACAGCCUGCUCAAGCGCCGUAUCUAAGCCCUGGACAAGAUACUGUUUCCCAUCCUACUUACAUGAACCAGAACUCUAACCUUCAGUCAGCUACGGGUACAGCUGCUUACACACAGCAGAUGGGGAUGUGUGUGGAUAUGUCAUCUUACCAGAACACUACUUCCAGUCUGCCGCAGCUCGUGGGCUUUCCGGUGGCAGUUCCAGUUCAUUCAGUUGCACAGCAGCAAACAAAUUACCAUCAGCAGCCUCUCCUUUAGAAACAAACCAAGCAUUUUCUUGAAAGCCUUCAUAAGUAUAUUACUCGACCUUUAUGAUUCUAAUCUGAAAAUAGUAAAGGAAAAUAAUUUUUUUUCUGAACUCAAGAGGGACCAUGAAUAAAUAAAGCACAAAAACUUACCUUGCUCUGCUAGGCCAUUAAAAGGGUUUAUUUUUUUUUUCAGUCCAAUUUGUUUGAAGUUAGACUUUUGAACAGAGGCAGCAUGAAGUUGCUUCCAAUUCGUUUUGUCUUAGUUUCAAAUUUCUUUACAACAAAUCUGGACACCCAGUAAGUAGCCUUAUGACACUAAACGGCAUGAGAUAUGAGUGUUAAAAUUUUACUAUUAAAAAAACCCGCUCUUUACCCCUAAAACGUCACAGUGAUUGGGAGAACACUGAAACCUUUAAAUAUUUUUUGUCUGUCUAUUUUUCCCCCUUUCCCACACACCAUUAUUUUAAAAGGCGAACAUCUUUUUGUGUAAGCAUUUAGCUUGCCAAUAUAUUUCCUUCUGGCUCCUUAAAUUGCAGUUGUGUUUUCGGUACUGUCAGUUUUGCUGUCAGUGUUACGGUUGAGUAAUAAUUAGCAUAUAAUUGUCUACAGAAGCGAGAGCAAUUGGAAAGGAACAAAAAUGUUUUCUGUUGUUAAUAGUGAAGACCAUGUAAGUGCAGAUGUGUGAUAAAGCAUUUAGCUAGUCCCCCAGUCCUGCCAGCAGUGAGCUGAGGCAUGCCCCACAAAACAUUUCCCUUCGCUGGAGAACAUUUCUUUUCCUACAAGGGUCCCUGGUAUUUAGAAUUGCCACUAUACUGAUCUUUUCAAAUGACUUCGGCCGUUCUGUAAUGAAGAUAUGGUCCAUUUGUUCUCCUUCCUUCAGUGUGGUGUGCAGAGAUGCUGCAUUUCCUUUUUAUGGAUUAUAUGUGAAUUUGAGCCAUGAGACAUUCCUAAUAAUUUUAUGUGAUAUAUGCCAAGUGUGGAUGAUAGGUGUGUUUUUAUUGGUAUGUUCUUUAAAAAGGUGAUUCAAGUACCAUUGCUAUGCCAAGCUGUUGAAAAAGUUGGUCAUUCCUUUCGGAAGUAAUUCUGAGCCUGUGGAAUAACAGACAAUGGAUUGAUAGCAAAGCUAUCAAGACACUUUUUCAAAAGCCUACGUUUUAAAUUAGUUUAUAGUGCUAAUCCCACAUACUGGAGGAGUUAGGUAGUAAAACAAUGGGGAUUGGCUUCUUGCCUAAAAAUUUGCACACUAUAGCAUCAUCUACCAAUUUUUUAGAUAACAUAAAAUAAAAAAUGCAAAUGCAUGCUUACAGAUACAUGAUAUUGGGACUAGGGAAAAAUUGGACAUAAAUUUAGUUUUUUAGAAAGUUAAUUGUAUGGAAGCAAGAUUUCUAUAUUGUUUUUUUAAAGAAAGCCCUUAAUCUUUGUACUAAGGAUCCAUAUGAUGACAGUGCUCUAAAAAGUUUUGUCACUUAUUGUUUAAAGCAAUUUGAUUCCAGAUAUGUUCCUUUUUCAAGGAAACCGUAUCCUAGAACAAAAUAGUCUAUAAACUAAGUAGUCUAUUUAGUCUAUAUUUAAAGGGAAAAUAAGCAGUAUUUGAAAGCCCAAUUUGUCAUUAUCUUCAUUUCAGAUACAAGUAACUAGAAAGAAAGUUUUAACCAUUAAUGUUCUGUUUUUCACCCAGCAUUUUCCUUCUUUGUAAAUUCAAUGAUACACUUACAAAAAUUCUAAAAUGGCAACUUUUUGGCAAUGAAUCUUCUUUAAAAUAAACAAAACAUAAAAAACAUUACAAAGCUGCUCUUGAUAAUAGUUAACGUUUGCAUAUAUAUAUAUGGAAAAUCUUUUUCCUCCUAAACAAUAUUUAAUAAACAGUUAUUUUAAUGUUUGUGUAAAUAUUUCAUGUAUAGUUGUGAUUGGAAUUGUAAAAGCUUAAUUCUUCGUGAGUCUUUGAGCUAGUAUAAAUACAGCACACCCACUAAAUUGGGACCAGUUAAAUUCACCUAACGUAGCUUUGGAAUAAUAUAACACAUGAGAUGUAUAUAAAUAGUGUAUAUUGGCACUUAUCUGUGAAAUUUUAUACAUCCAGAAGUUUCUUCUCCCUCUUAAAUUAAAAAUAAUUUUAUUUUUGCCAUACUGUAGUGAAUUUUGUGUUGCAGGUUGUUGAUAGUAUAAAAAUGUUAUUCUGUGUACUGAGAUAUUUUUGGUGUUAAUAAGAAAUACAGGGUUGUAGUUCUUCCUUCUGUUCCAUGAUCUUAUGGAUUGUAUUUAUUUUAAGACCUGUUUAUAAUUAAAUAUUUUCUGCCAAAGAAAUUGUCUAACAGCAGAUUUCUACAUUAGGUUCAUACUUACUGUUUUAUAUAAAAAAUAAAAAUAACUUCUGCUUUUUCAUAUGACAUCUUGGUACAUGAGAAAAUUUCUGAAAAUUUAUAUUUUCAUUGAUAUAGAAAAAUUUCUCCUAGGUGUUAAAAUAUAUGAAGUGGGCUAUGUUCUUAUAGUUGGGAAGAUAUACAGUCUACCAACAUUGUCUUAUAAUUUGGCAAUUUAUAAAAUUAGCUGAACAUGAAAUAAUUAUAAUAUUUAAUAAAUUAGGAUUUGAAAUGAUUUGCAGAUACAGUGUCAUCAUAUACUAUUUCAAGUGGUUGAUUUUUGACCACAUAACAAAUUUCAGUCUGCAUUUUGAAGAUGGUUGUAACGUUUCACCUUCCCAGAUUUUUAAAAGAUUGAUUUUAAAUGUUUAAAAAUUAUGGCUUAGGGAUUUUUUAAAAAGUUUUUUUUAGUAAAAAUUAUAAGUAUCAAGGCUCGUGACCUCUAGAAGAGGAUUGUUGAAUUGUUAUGAUGACAAAGCUGAAGUUAUCUUUGUAAGUAAGGAAUUAUAAAGAAUAUGGCACCAAUCUAUUAUGCUUUGUUUCUGUCAAAAGACAUUUUUCUUAUUUACUUGCAUCAGUUUUAAUAAAUUAAA